UUUUCAUUUAAAUAACAUCUUUUCUUAUUGCUGGUUAACUGAAAUUAACUAGUAGAAGUUACGUGGAAAAUAUGGACGCUUUAAACAGAAGUGGAGCUGUAGAUAUUAUUCAUCCUUGUAAUGAAAUGGACAGUUUCUCCUUUUCCUUAAACAAUAUUUCAUCUUCAAUGUGUGUUUUAUUAUAUAUUUUCCUUGCAUUUUUAGCUGUUGUUACAGUUUGCGGUAACCUCCUGAUAAUAAUCUCUGUUGGUUACUUCACACAGCUCCGCACUCCCACAAACUCUCUCAUCAUCUCUCUGUCUGUGACGGACCUUCUCGUUGGACUCAUGGUCUUUCCUUUUAGCAUGGCAUUCUCCCUGAGCUCAUGUCUGCUUCAUGCAGGUUUUAUGUGUCAAGUGAGGGACAGCUUCGAUGUAUCUCUUUGUACAUGCUCUAUUCUGAACCUGUGUUGUAUUGCUAUCGACAGAUAUUACGCAGUGUGUCACCCCCUCACCUACAGAGCCAAAAUGACUAAUAGUGUUGUUGUGGUGAUGAUUCUGGUGAGUUGGAGUAUUUCUGGAUUUAUAGGAAUUGGGAUAACUAUUGCAGGAUUGAAUCAUGAACCAUGUGAAGAAAAUUGUUCUUUGGAGGUUUUUCUAUCUAGUACUCUGGGUCCGACAUUUUCUUUUUACCUUCCAGCUCUCAUCAUGCUGUGUAUAUACCUAAAGAUUCUCCUUGUUGCACAGAGACAGGCACGUAUCAUCCAUAACAAUAAAAACUCUGGGGUGACAGAAAUUAGGUUGGAGAGAAAGGCCACAAGGACUCUUGCUAUUGUUAUGGGAGUUUUUCUCAUCUGCUGGACUCCUUUGUUUGUUUGCAUAACCCUGGUUCCUUUCAGCACUGAUCCUGUGCCAAUUUCAGUAAUUCAGACCCUUAACUGGGUUGCUCUAAUUAAUUCAAUGCUUAAUCCGUUUAUUUAUGCUUUUUUUUACAGCUGGUACCGAGUCGCUUUCAGAAUGAUAAUUUCUGGAAAAAUAUUUCAGGGGGAUUAUACUAAUUCAAAGCUGCUUGCUUGAUGAUGAAGAACCUUUAUUCAGCUAGGGUGCAUAUGUGAUUAAGUUUCAUUUUUACCAUGUGCAUUAGAAAUAAAGCCAAAGUGUGCACCCAGGACUUGUAUUUAAAAUGUUUUUACAGGGUCAGCUAA